GAGAUCAAAGAUUUAAGAAAAGAAAAUAAUUUCUUAAAGAAGCAAAACGAGGCUUUAAAAAUAGCCGUUAUGCAUUCAGCUCAGGUAUAUAAAAAUAACAACAAAGAAUAUCAGAGCGAGAUAACUCAACUUCGUCAAAUUCUUGGAGAGAUCGCUUUAGCAUGUCAAGAAUGUAAUAUUG